AUGGCCGAGAUCGUCCUCAAGAUCGCAUCGCCGUUGCUGUGCACCAAGACGAUCGGCAAGAUCUCGAUCCCGCUCAUGAACCGUCUCACGCUCGAAGACAAAGAGUCGUCGUUGACGGCGUUGCGCAAGACGACACGACUGCGCCCUUGCGCAACACCGACGACGGUCGAUCUCCGCGACUUGGCCGCCGCAGCGUCGCUGAGCGGUCGCGAUGGUUUGCCUGUGAUUUUUGUAUCAAGUUGA